AUGUCCCUCGACCUCAGUGACGGCUUCGUCGCCACCUCCAACCCAACCGCCAACGCCGCCUCCGGCCUCGACGAUGACCUGCCCAUCUUCACCGUCGAGCGAGUCCAGCUGCAGUUCUCCAUCGCCGCCGACUUCGUCGCCGCGCAGGUGGCCAACAACGUUCUCAUCCUCGCCCUCUCCAACGGACGGAUACUCCGCAUCGACUUGGAGCGGCCGGCGGACAUCGAUGACAUCGACCUGCCCAAGAAGGCGUCCGAGGUUGGCCUCAUCCGCCGCCUCUUUCUCGACCCCACGGCAUCGCAUCUCUUGAUAUGCACCACCCUCGGCGAAAACUACUAUCUGCAUUCGCAGUCGAAACACCCGCGCCCCCUGGGUCGGCUGCGCGGCGUCUCCAUAGAGGUCGUCGCCUGGAACCCCUCGCUGCCGACGGCGAGCACGCGCGAGAUCCUGCUCGGCGCAUCCGACGGCAACAUCUACGAGACCUUCAUCGAGACGACCAACGAGUUUUACAAGAAGGAGGUGAAGCACUUGAAGAACCUGCACAAGCUGCCCGACGGGCCCAUCACGGGCCUCUGGGUCGACAACCUGCACGCCAAGUCGGACCUCAGGAGAUUGCUCAUCACGACCCAGAGCAGGCUGUUCCAUCUCGUCGGCAGGAUCGGCCCCGCCCACGACGGCAGCGGCUCCGUCUACACCCGGCUCUUCGAGUCGGAGCAGCCCGUCGUCCACGAGCUGUCGCGGGUCCAUCCCGGAGCCCACUCGACCCUCGUCGUCUCCCCGGACCCUCCAGAGUCGAACCCGUACGCCGACGACGCACCGGACAGGGCCUACGCCUGGCUCUCGUCCCAGGGAAUCUUCCACGGCAAGCUUCUCAACGCGCCCGCCGACGGCAACCUCGGCGCCCGCGUCUUUUCCGAAUCCGCCAUGCUGCCCAGGGCCCGCGUGGUCGCGUCGGAGGCGGCGACCAAGCGAAAGCCGAGCGCCGACUUGAUCGACGCCCUGGCCCUCACCCAGUGGCACAUGGUCAGCCUCGUCGGGGGACGCGUCGUCGCGACGAACCGGCUCACGGGCAACGUCGUCUCCGAACACGACGUGCUCCGGCCCGGACAACGCCCCAUCGGCUUCUCCGUGGACAUGCAGAAGAACACCUUCUGGCUCUUCACGUCCGACGAAAUCUACGAAGUCGUCGUCAGGGACGAGGACCGAAACAUCUGGCGCAUCCUGAUGGAGAGCAGGCAGUUCGAGCCGGCGCUGCGGCACGCGCGCACGACGUCGCAGAAGGAGACGGUGGCGGCCGCCUUCGGUGACCACCUGGCCAGGAAGGGGCACUGGGACGAGGCGGCCGCGCUGUACGGCCGCAGCAACAAGCCGUUCGAGGACAUUGCGCUGAGCAUCAUCGACAACAACCAGCCGGAUGCGCUGCGCAAGUUCUUGCUCGCCAAGCUGGCCUCGUUGAAGAGAUCGGCCACGAUGCAGAGGAUGAUGGUCGCCGGCUGGCUCGUCGAGGUCUUCAUGGCCAAGCUCAACUCGCUGGACGACACCAUCAUCACCCAAGCCGAGCUCGCCGAGAACCUGAGCACGGCCGAGUCGAGGAAGCUGCUGGCAUCGAUCCGGGCCGAGUACGAGGCUUUCGUCGACAGGCACAAGGCCGACCUCGACCGCAAGAUGGUCUACGACGUGAUUGCGAGCCACGGACGGGAGUCGGAGCUCCUCUACUUUGCCAACGCCGUCCAGGACUACAACUACGUGCUCUCCUACUGGAUCCAGCGAGAGCGCUGGGCGGAGGCCUUGACGGUGCUGCGGAAGCAAACCGACGCCGACGUCUUCUACCGAUACAGCAGCGUGCUCAUGACCCACGCCGCCCAGGAGCUCGUGGACAUCCUGAUGCGGCAGCCGGACCUCGAUCCGCGGAGUCUCAUCCCCGCCCUGCUCGAGUACGGGCUCGGGGCGGCGGGGGAUGCCAACGCGCCGAACCAGGCCGUCCGGUACCUCAACUACGUCGUCUUCCAGCUCAAGUCGAGGGACGCGGCGGUGCACAACACGCUCGUCUCGAUCCACGCCUCGCACCCGUCCAAGGACGAGUCCAACCUCCUGUCGUACCUGCAGGCCCAGGGGGACGAGGCUCGGUACGACCCGGACUUUGCCCUGCGGCUCUGCAUCCAGCACCACCGCACGCUGUCGUGCGUGCACAUCUACACGAGCAUGGGGCAGUACCUCCAGGCCGUCGACCUCGCCCUGUCGCACGACGAGAUGGAGCUCGCGUCGGUCAUUGCCGAUCGGUCGGUGGCGAACCCGCAGCUGCGCAAGAGGCUGUGGCUCGCCGUCGCCCGAAAGGUCAUCUCCAAGUCGGACGGCAUCAAGACGGCCAUUGAAUUUCUCAAGCGAUGCGAGCUGCUGAAGAUCGAGGACCUCAUCCCCUUCUUCCCGGACUUUGUCGUCAUCGACGACUUCAAGGAGGAGAUUUGCGGCGCGCUCGAGGACUACAGCCGCAACAUCGACAACCUCAAGAAGGAGAUGGACGAGUCCUCGCAGACAGCGGCCAACAUCAAGAUGGACAUUGCCGCGCUCGACCACCGAUACGCCAUCGUCGAGCCGGGCGAGAGGUGCUACGUGUGCGGGCUGCCGCUGCUGAGCAGGCAGUUCUUCGUCUUCCCGUGCCAGCACGCCUUCCACUCGGACUGCAUGGGGCGCAGGGUGCUGGAGCAGUCGGGCACGAGCAAGUCGUCGAGGAUCAGGGAGCUGCAGAUGCAGAUCCACAAGGGCCUCGUGAGCGGCGCCAAGAGGGACGCCGUCGUCGCCGAGCUGGACUCGCUCGUCGCCUCGGCCUGCAUCCUGUGCAGCGACUUUGCCAUCCGGCGAAUCGACGAGCCCUUUGUGACGAGCAGCGACAACGCGAGCGAAUGGGCUCUAUGA